AUGGCAGCUUACCGAUGGAAGUCGUUCUUUGAAGACGAGGAUCGCCCGGAGAAGCCCCGGAGCUUCGGGGUCACCGAGAUGAGAGGACCCCAUUAUACCCUUUCCUCCCAGAAUCUUCUUCAGGAAGUGUUCGAUUCUAUGGGAGAGUUUGUUGAUGGGUUGAAGUUUUCUGGUGGUUCUCACAGCUUGAUGCCCAAAAGCUACAUUGAGGAAGUAAUUAAAAUGGCACAUAAGCAUAACGUGUAUGUUAGCACUGGUGGCUGGGCCGAGCACCUACUCCGAAAAGGCCCUUCUGCUUUUGAAGACUAUAUUGAGGAAUGUAAGCGAUUGGGGUUCGACACUAUUGAGAUUGAUGCCGGUUUGCUCGGUAUACCAGAAGAUGUUCUGUUGAGAUAUGUGAGGCUGGUUAAGAAUAGGGGUCUUAGAGCUAAGCCUUUAUUUGCUGUCAAAUUCAAUAAAUCAGAUAUACCAGUAAAAAAUGAUGGAGCAUUUGGAUCUUACGUGGUCCCAGUACCCCGGUCUUCGGAGCUUGUUGAGGAUGUUGAUCUUCUGAUUAGAAGAGCUGAGAGAUGCCUUGAAGCUGGAGCAGACAUGAUAAUGAUUGAUGCUGAUGAUGUCUGUAGGCAAGCUGAUUCUAUGAGGCCCGAUAUUAUAGCCAAAGUCGUGGGUCGUUUAGGUCUCGAGAAGACAAUGUUUGAGGCAUCAAAUCCCAAGACUUCCGAGUGGUUCAUCAAACAAUAUGGUCCUAGGGUAAAUCUCUUUGUGGAUCAUUCUCAUGUGAUGGAUUUGGAGUGUCUCCGUGGGCGUAACCUGGGUAAAGAUCAUUCGUCUGUUCUUGGUUCGUCGUAUUUUCUCUUUUAA